AUUGCUGGGGUUAACAACAGCUCCUUUAAACCCCCUCCAAAACCUCUCUUUAACAAAAUAUCAUUCGAUCUUCUCAGCCAAAGAAGAAAGAAAGAAAGAAACACCAAUAUUUCACUCUCUCUAUCCAAGAAGAUGCUCAAAGCCUUGUUCCCCCGCAAGAAAACCUCGCGGCCCUUGAAGGAUUACCACUCAGACUGGUUCAAAACCCUGAAGAACACCCUCCUACCCCUCCUCCGCUCCUCCAUCUCCGAUUCCUCUCCCACCCUCCUAUCCACCCACGUGGAAAUGCUCCACCACCACAUCCAGUCCUACUACCACGCCCUCGACCUCGCCGCCUCCCAUGACAUUGCUCAGCUCCUCUUCCCCGACUGGCGCAAUUCCCUCGAGAAGCCUUUCCUCUGGCUCGGCGAUUUCCAUCCCUACCUCUUCACUAACGUCCUGCGUUCAUUCCUUGGUGACACCGACACCGAUGACAAAAACAAUGUUUUCCUCAAAGUGGGUGGAAAGAAUUGCGAGUUUUUUGACAAACCGUGGGAAAUUGCCAUGGCAUGGAAAGCCCCAAGUAAAAUCUUGAUGUCCCGGAUAGAUCAGAUUGAGUGUGGACUAAGGCUGAUGGUGCCCGCAUUGGUGGACCGCGUGAGGAAUGCGCAGGGGGGCUUCAUGAAGCGCGUGGUGGAGCAUUGGGUCUGGUGCGAGGGGAAGAGGGACGCGGCUAGAGCAUUGAUCGGGGACGCGGUGGCAGCCGAGAUGGAGGAGAUGGUGAGCGUGUUCUUGGACGCCAAUAGGCUCAGGAGGAGCGUUCUCGCGGAGAUUAUCAGUGCCACAAAUGUGUAUCAGGCGGCUCUCUUUCUUGUAGGGCUUGCCCAAUUCAUUGUUGGGUUGAGGGACCCUGAUUUGCUCGGGGAAUUCGAAAGGUGCAACACGCCUCUCAACAAACCAACCCGUGCUGGCGCGCUUUGAUUUUUCUAUUUAUUUUGUUCCCGUCUUCUCAACUUUCUUGCAUAUCUUGGAGCAGGGCAGAGUUCUUCUCAACAAGGAUUGCUUUUGCUAUUGUAAAUCAUGUCUUUCGGUAAUUUUUUUUUUUUUUUUGGUCUAUUUAUCAUCAGUUUUCUCCUAUUAUUGUAACUUCGCCCUGGAACAAUGUUUUUAUCAGGGCUUGAUCUGCAAAUAGUUCUGUGUGAGGCUUGCUUCUAUGUCUUGGGUACGGACUUGGUGUAAUUUCUCAAGGGGAUCUGAGUGGAAAAAUGUGUCCAUCUUUCAUCUUGUAAGCAGUAUUUUGAUUUUCUUUCCCCGAGUUUGCUAAACUCUGUUGUUGAAUCUCAGAUAUGCUUAGUAAGUAAAGAUUGAGAUUGAGAUU